UCUUCUUAAUAUACAAUUUGAAUUUUAUAUUUCACCUAACAUCAUUUUGAUUACUUACAGUUUUGCAACUAAGAGCGACUUGGCGACGACUCAGAGCGUGUCCUUAGAUGCAACUUUAGAGGAGUUGACAGAUUUAGAAAAGAAAAUUGACGAAAUGCUGGCAGUUAGUGGAAAACGGCGUGUUCCUUAUAAGGGUGGAUUAUGGGCUGGGUUGGGCCGUGGAAAGCUCAUGGGGUCAAUAUGUGGUGGUAGUGGAGCUAGCAGUCUACCACCAGCAUAUACUGCUUACUUAGAUGAUGUCAGAGUAGCUGGAGAUUUUAACGAACCACAUCAUAAACAAAGGUAUAUUCACAUCUAUAUUUUAGGUUUCAGAUUAGACUAUUACAGUUUAUCCAUUAGAUCUAAUCUAGAAUGUGUUAACCAGGUCCAAAGAACAUCUACUUAAAGUGCUCAAUUUACUGAAGACUUUGGUUAUGACGGAUAGUCGUCAUGUGGCCACCUGGCAGCCCAUCAACCAUUCAGAAACUGCCAGUAUCACUGAACAAAUCCUAAAGGAAAUGGAAAGCUAUGACAGGGAAAUGGCUGCCAUAAACGGACAUCAGAAAUCUAUAUUGAGUGAAGAGGAGAUCAACAAGUUACUACUGCCGACACGAACUCAGCUCCAAGUCGAUCCGAAGCAAAUCCCGGAGAGGUUAUUGUCAGCGGCGGGCACAGUAUCCGGAGCGGUGGGGACCCUCAUACAGAGCACGGGCACGGCCGCCUUCCCCAGGAGCGUUCCGCCCCUCAUACAGGCGGUCACCCAUCUCUCCAGUCUCGCCCACACAGUGCCCGUACACGUCAGUUUCAUCUUAGUACUAACAUAUUUAUUAUAUACUAAACUACUUCUUAAGACUCUUCUGAAGUUAUAAUUAAAAAGUGAGUUGAUUUCCCAUAGCAACUGAUGAUUAUUAUGGUUAUGUAUUGUCAAUUAAAUAAAUUUUAGUAUAUAAAUAUUGCUAGUAAAUAAAUGAUUAGUAAUUAUUUAAUAAUACUAUUCAACCCUAUAUAUAGCGCGCCUUCACAUAAAACGAUCACCCAUCUCAUA